UCCAGUUCUUAUAAUUUAUAGUAGUUUGUCACAGCUAUUGCAAUUUGAGGAAACAGAUUUCAGCAGGCAACGGACCUCGAUUUAUUUCUCCUUUUUUCUCUCCAUCAGCAAUUCAGCAUCAGCAGUAUAUAGAAGCCACGCGCCAUAACGCAUUAACAGUACCAUUUCUCAUGAUCAAAUCCAUCGCUUCCCUCAGUUUCACUUUCCGUCUCCUCCCGUGCUCGAACCACGAUCUAGGGUUUACUUCAGAUUCCAUACGAAUGUAAAUUUUCUGGCAUUCUCUUUUCCUGCGUCUUCAAACAGAAAUUAUAAAAAGCCGAUGGGAGUAGUCGUUGAGAGCUCCGUUUUUUGGGAGCCAAAUCCAUCCACAUACAUCUUCAUCUUCGUUUGUUGCUGCUUCUCGAUCUUCCUUUUCCCUCACGUCUCUAACCUCAACAGAACCUCCACAAUCUUCGACCAUGGAACCUCUCACUGGUUUCUCCGUUUCCAGCGGAACUUCCUCCUCCAUUAUUCUCUCGCCUCAGUAAUGGAAGGUCUCUGGUCGGUGUUCGGGGAGUAUGAAUUAGCUUCCUAUGGAAUCGGAAGGGAAAAUAUGGUUAAGUCUCUCUGUUACGGAUAUACGACAGCUCUGUUUGCUGCUCCUUUCCUUGGCGUGCUCUCGGAUUUGAUAGGUCACAAGAAAGUUAGUUUAAUCUUUUGCAUCCUACACUUUAUUGUUGGUGUAUGGAAGAAGAUUUCAGAGCCACCAAGCAUGUUCAUGACUAGUAUAUGUCUCUCUCUUGCCAAUACAAUAUUUUCAUUCAGUUUUGAGACUUGGAUGGUCACUCAACAUGAAAAGCAAGGGCACAGGCUUGAUUCACUUAAUGACACAUAUUGGUUAAUGACUUUCUUUGAGUCUGCAUGUUUUAUUGCCAGCCAGAUGUUUGCAAAUUGGCUGAUUGGUAAUAAUACAGAAAAAAUUACUGCUCCUUCGUCUGCAGUUAUCUUCUUUGCUGCCAUAUGCUUCACUUUUAUCACCAGAGGAUGGACAGAAAAUCCAGGAUCAGCAUCUCUUAAGGAGUAUAGUCGCUCCCUCUAUGCAUACAUUUUAGGUGAUAAAAGGAUAUGGCUGUUGGCAUGGGCACAAACUUGCCUUCACUUCUCUAUUGGAAUUUUUUGGAUCCUCUGGGCACCUACUGUGGUGGCUGAUGGCCGAGAAGUGCAUCUGGGAUUGAUAUAUCCAUGCUUUCUGGGCUCUAGAAUGCUAGGAAGCACUGCAUUUCCGUGUCUCACUAGUGGGCCAUCAUCGCUUAGAACUGAGGACUGCCUUGUUUUUGCAUACAUUAUACUGGCUCUUCUCCUGUCUAUUGUGGCCUAUGACUAUCAGGAAGUUGGGGUUCUGGUGAUACUAUUUUGCUUGUUUCAUGCUUGUGUCGGGUUUGUUUUGCCAUCACUUGCUAGAUUGAGGACCAUGUAUGUUCCCAAUGAAUUGCGUGGUGGGAUGAUGGGUUUCUCUCUUGCCCCUGCAAAUGCAGCUAUUCUGCUUUCUGUGGUGCAGGGUGGCUAUUAUCGGAAUGUAGGAAAUGCAGCAUUGAUGGCAUUUGGUGUGUGUGGUUUAUUGCUAGCAGCUGGUUGCAUGCAUGCCCUGAAGCAAUGGGGGAAGCAACCUUAUAACAAUUGGCAUAAACAGUGAAUGUAUGCCCCUUUGGCAGGCUUUGGUAGUGGUGGAUGACCUUCACUUUUAUUGAAUGCAAUGAGGAGUAAAGAGAUGAAGAACUUAGAUGAUGCGAAUUCAGGCAAAGGGGAAAUAAAUUUCAAAAAAGAUACAAACAUUGACUACUAGUGAGUGCUGAACUGGACUGACAUUGGGGUUCUUUCUAUAAGGACAGAGAGAGACCGAACAUGGAACUUCAGUUUAAUUCUUUCUUUAAAGUCUUAGUCCGUGAGACCAAAUUCUCUUCUAAUUUGAGUAUGUCCGCCAUUUAGGUUACUCCUGACUAACGGGUUUUCUAAUUCUGAUUAUAUAUUGUAGCUUGCAUACUUUCCUGCUUGGGUUUGCUUAUACGGAGGGUAUAUUCAAUUGCAGAAGCUUUGGAAGCUGCUUUCAGAAUCUGUAUCUGGUGACGUAUGUCCGUUUCUCCAGAAGAGCAUCUAAUGACCAUUAAGGUGAAAACCGAAUAUUAUGUUUUGGUCUUGUUAGCAUAUUAGGGUUGGUCAUGUGUUAUGGGCUGGGUUGCUAGUUUAUUCCAAGUUUAUUUGCAUAAACCAUUACACUGACUAACCCUGACAUGCUAAGAAGUAAGAAGUUUUAUAUGAGGUCACAACCACAAUGAAACCAUUCGAAGCUCUGGUGAUGUGAUUUUUAUCAAAUUGAUCAAGACAGAAUUCAGUUAGUAACAACUAACAAGUUGGUUUACUUGUUUUUCUGCCA